CAUUCCCCUCCUCUACUCAUCUCACCCACUCCCUUUUUCCUCCAUUUUUCAUUUCUUCAUUUUCUUUCCAUGGCUGGCUUUGUCUCUGCCUCCCAUGGCAUUGAGGAGCAAAAAGCUCCUCAUCGGUUCAAUCCUGCUUCAAGGACAUGUCGAGUUUGUGGAGAUGAGAUUGGAUAUAAAGAAGAUGGAGAGUUGUUUAUGGCAUGUCAUGUCUGUGGUUUCCCUGUUUGCAGGCCUUGUUAUGAGUAUGAGAGGAGUGAAGGAAACCUCAGCUGCCCUCAGUGCAACACUCGCUAUAAGCGUCAUAAAGGUUCUCCAAGAGUUCCAGGAGAUGAAGAUGACUUUGAUGCAGAUGAUUUUGACAAUGAUUUCCAUGUUAAGAAUCACCAGGGUGACUCAGACAAGAAGCAUGAUGAUAACCAAUCGGAAAAUGGGAACUAUAACACACACCAGUGGCAGCCCAAUGCUCAAGCUUUCUCUUCAGCAGGAAGUGUUACUGGUAAGGAUUUUGAUGCUGAGAAAGAGACUUACACAAGUGCAGAGUGGAAAGACAGAGUUGAGAAAUGGAAAGUGAGGCAAGAAAAGAGGGGUUUGGUCAACAAAGAUAAUGGACCUAAUGAUCAAGGCGAUGAAGAUGACUACCUUAUGGCUGAAGCGCGACAGCCUCUUUGGCGGAAAGUUCCAAUUCCAUCAAGCAAAAUAAGUCCAUACCGCAUAGUCAUUGUGCUCCGGCUCAUAAUUCUUGCCUUCUUCUUGCGCUUCCGGAUCUUAACCCCAGCUUAUGAUGCUUUCCCAUUAUGGCUCAUCUCUGUGAUAUGUGAAGUAUGGUUUGCAUUCUCUUGGAUUCUUGAUCAGUUUCCCAAAUGGCAUCCCAUAACCCGUGAAACUUACCUGGAUCGCCUAUCUGUGAGGUUUGAGCGUGAGGGUGAACCCAACCUCCUAUCUCCAGUUGAUGUCUUUGUUAGUACUGUUGACCCUCUAAAGGAACCACCAAUCAUCACUGCAAAUACAAUGCUAUCAAUCUUGUCUGUUGAUUAUCCGGUAGAGAAGGUGAGUUGUUAUGUAUCGGAUGAUGGUGCAUCAAUGCUCCUAUUUGAUACAUUAUCGGAAACUGCUGAAUUUGCACGAAGAUGGGUGCCAUUUUGUAAGAAGUACAACAUUGAACCAAGGGCUCCUGAGUUUUAUUUCUCUCAGAAGAUAGAUUACUUGAAAGAUAAGGUGCAGCCUACAUUCGUGAAGGACCGCAGAGCUAUGAAAAGAGAAUAUGAAGAAUUCAAAGUGAGGAUUAAUGCAUUGGUAGCAAAGGCUCAAAAGAAACCAGAAGAAGGGUGGGUCAUGCAGGAUGGCAUUCCAUGGCCUGGUAACAAUACCCGUGAUCAUCCAGGCAUGAUUCAGGUCUAUCUAGGAAGCCAAGGUGCACUUGAUGUGGAAGGUAAGGAACUACCACGACUUGUGUACGUUUCACGAGAGAAGCGUCCUGGAUACCAACACCACAAGAAAGCAGGUGCCAUGAAUGCUCUGGUUCGAGUGUCUGCAGUACUUUCUAAUGCACCGUUCAUGCUGAAUCUGGAUUGUGACCACUACAUCAACAACAGCAAGGCAAUAAGAGAAGCUAUGUGCUUUUUAAUGGAUCCCCAACUUGGGAAGAAGCUGUGCUAUGUCCAGUUUCCUCAGAGAUUUGAUGGUAUUGAUCGUCAUGAUAGAUAUGCUAACAGGAACAUUGUCUUCUUUGAUAUCAACAUGUUAGGACUAGAUGGAAUUCAAGGUCCUGUAUAUGUGGGUACUGGAUGUGUUUUCAACCGGCAGGCACUGUAUGGUUAUGACCCACCAGUGUCCGAGAAGAGGCCAAAGAUGACAUGUGACUGCUGGCCUUCCUGGUGCUGCUGUUUCUGUGGUGGAUCAAGGAAAUCAAAGUCCAAGAAGAAAGGGGGAAGAGGCAUUUUCGGAGGACUAUACACCAAGAAGAAGAAAAUGAUGGGUAAGAAUUAUGUGAGGAAAGGGUCCGGACCUGUUUUUGAACUUGAAGAGAUAGAAGAAGGACUCGAAGGGUAUGAAGAACUGGAGAAAUCAUCACUUAUGUCACAGAAAAACUUUGAGAAAAGAUUUGGACAAUCACCCGUGUUUAUUGCCUCAACUUUGAUGGAAAAUGGUGGCCUUCCUGAAGGAACUAAUUCAUCAUCUCUUAUUAAGGAAGCCAUUCAUGUCAUUAGUUGUGGCUAUGAAGAGAAAACUGAGUGGGGCAAAGAGAUUGGAUGGAUCUACGGUUCAGUUACAGAGGAUAUUUUGACUGGCUUCAAGAUGCAUUGCAGGGGGUGGAAGUCAGUUUACUGUAUGCCUAAGAGACCAGCUUUCAAAGGAUCAGCUCCUAUCAAUUUGUCAGAUAGAUUGCACCAAGUUCUGCGAUGGGCUCUUGGCUCCGUUGAAAUUUUCUUGAGUCGCCAUUGCCCACUAUGGUAUGCCUAUGGUGGAAAGCUGAAAUGGCUUGAGAGGGCUGGCUUAUACCAAUACAAUUGUCUAUCCUUUCACUUCCAUUCCUCUACUGGCUUACUGCACUAUUCCUGCUGUUUGUCUUUCUUACUGGGAAAUUCAUUAUCCCCCACUCUGAACAAUCUAGCUAGCAUUUGGUUCAUGGCCCUUUUCCUUUCCAUCAUAGCUACAGGCAUUCUUGAACUCCGAUGGAGUGGUGUUAGCAUCCAGGACUGGUGGCGCAAUGAGCAAUUCUGGGUGAUUGGUGGUGUGUCGGCACACCUUUUUGCUGUAUUCCAGGGCCUCCUCAAGGUCCUAGCUGGUGUUGACACCAACUUCACUGUAACAUCAAAAGCAGCAGAAGACGCUGAGUUUGGGGAGCUCUACCUUUUCAAGUGGACAACUCUUCUCAUUCCACCAACCACUCUAAUAAUCCUCAACAUGGUUGGAGUUGUAGCUGGUGUAUCUGACGCCAUUAACAAUGGUUAUGGCUCCUGGGGUCCCUUGUUUGGAAAACUGUUUUUUGCCUUCUGGGUCAUUGUUCAUCUUUAUCCUUUCUUGAAAGGUUUGAUGGGGAGGCAAAACAGGACGCCUACCAUUGUAGUUCUCUGGUCUAUACUUCUAGCAUCAAUUUUCUCACUGAUCUGGGUUCGGAUUGAUCCUUUCUUGCCAAAGCAAACAGGUCCAGUACUCAAACCAUGUGGGGUGGAAUGCUAGUGGAUCAUUACCUUGCCAUACAGGACUUCCUGCCAUAAGCUUUUUGCUGGAUUUUUUAUUUUUUUUCCUAAUAUUUUGAAGCUCCUUUGAUGAGAUUGCUAGUUAAUAGUACAUAAUCCCUGUGGUGCUACUGCUCAUAGGGGAUGCGAUUGCCAUUUUGCCGCACCUUCAUAUCCAAGAAAAGCUUUCUGUAUUUGGAAGAGUUUCAAUGAAAUAUCCUUUUCCAGUUCAGUUCCUCUUUUUAC